AUGCCGUCGUCUAGCGGCCUCCCCCAGCUGUGGGAUGGGUUUCGUUUGCGUACCUCGCCUCAAGCCUAUGUCUUUGAACCUACAUCGGCGUCGGGCUCCACCACCUCCGAGGUGCUCGUGAUUGACCGAAACGACAGCAGUCUGCGUCUGGCCAAAGAUGCACCAGGUGGGGGGGACAAGACCAUGUCGGUACAAGGCAUUGUUGGUAUCAUCAAGCUGCACAGCUCCGAGUUCCUUGUCGUAAUCACCAGCAAGAAGAAGGUCGCCGAGAUCGCAGGUGCUGACAUCUACAUGGCGACCGAGUUCCGCACGCUCCCACUCGACAAGGAGGCCAAUCCUUCGUUGCUCAAACACCCUGUUGAAAAGACGCUGCUCGGCUUGCUCAAGGCUCACCUCUACAGUGCCCCAUUUUAUUUCAGCUACCACUACGAUCUCACAAGUAGCAUGCAGCGUCAAGCUGAAGUUUCGAACAAGUCGGCACCGCUCUGGCAGCGUACCGACGAACGCUUCUUCUGGAACCGCUUCCUGAUGAAGAAGCUGGUCGAGACGACGCAGUCUGGUGCCCACGAUCUGUCGCGCUUCAUCCUUCCGUGCGUCUUUGGCUUCCUCGAGGUCAAGGAGGUCAAGAUCAACAACCACGCCUUUGUACUCGGUCUCAUCGCUCGUCGCUCACGUCACCGCGUAGGCACGCGAUACUUUUCCCGAGGCAUCGACCUCAACGGCAACGUGUCCAACUUCAACGAGACCGAGCAAUUUGUCAUCACGAAUCCCAAAGGUGGUCCCACCAUGAUCAAGGCCAACGGCAGCAUCCGCAAGAGCUACGUCCAAACCCGAGGCAGCGUCCCCGUCUUCUGGGCUGAAAUCAACAACCUGCGCUACAAGCCGGACCUGCAGAUCAUGGAGAAACCCGAGACUGUCGAAGCUACCCGUCGCCACUUCGAGGAUCAGGUAAAUCGAUACGGAGACAACUACUUGGUGAACCUGGUCAACCAAAAAGGCUACGAGAAGCCCGUCAAGGAGGCGUACGAGCGCGCUGUCGACAAGCUGCACAACCCGCAGGUGCACUACACCUACUAUGACUUCCACCACGAAUGCAAGGGCAUGAAGUUCGAACGCGUCAUGGAUCUCAUUGACCGUCUUCAGACCAAAGGUCUCAAGAGCGCAGACUACUUUGCAAGCGAAGAUGGCAAAGUGGUGAGCAGCCAGCGCUCGGUGGUGCGCACCAAUUGCAUGGACUGUCUCGACCGCACCAACGUCGUGCAGGGUACUUUGGCACGCUGGGUGCUCAACGAGCAGCUGCGUUCCAUCGGCAUCCUCGACGCAGGUGAAAAGGUCGAGACACAGGCCGAGUUCAUGCACGUCUACCGCAACGUAUGGGCCGACCAUGCUGAUGUCAUCUCCAAGGCGUACAGUGGGACGGGCGCGCUCAAGACGGACUUUACGCGGACGGGCAAGCGGUCAAAGGAGGGUGCGUUGCAGGACGGCGUCAACUCGGUGACGCGGUAUGUCAAGAACAACUACUUUGACGGCGCCCGCCAGGAUGCCUACGACCUGUUCACGGGCGCAUGGGAGCCGUCCAAGGGCCUGCCGCACCCGGACCAGCGCGCGUUGCUGGUGCGUGCCAUGCCCUGGGUGUUCUUCUUCGCCCUCUCGAUGGUUUUCGCUAGCUUGGUGCUGCCUCGUCACACGACGGCGCAAACCAUCGCCUCCGUCGCGGGCGAUGCUGCCAAGGGCUCGUCGUCGCACCUCUACUUUUUCACGCUCUGGCUCGUCAUCGCCGUCGGCAGUCUGCAGUUCAUGGUCUCGAGGGGCCUCGACUAUGUCGCUUGGCCAACACUCAACCGUCCCGACGAGACGAUCUUCUACGAUGGUCCCGGAUUCAAGAGCGGUGCUAAGGGUAGAACUGGUGUUGUCAACCCGCUGAAGGCGAUUAAGAGGCAGAAUGGUGGUGUGAAGGCGAGCUCCGGUGUGGGAAGGAGGGGUGAGGCCUACUCGAUUCCUUCUUGA